AUAGUUAAUGAGCGAAUUAGAAAUUGUUUAGAAUAGAUGUAUAUUUCACUAUGUAUAUACAUUACAUUUACUAUGCAUAUGUAUAUAUGUAUGACUAACAAAAACAUUUGACUCUAUAAAUUUCACAAUCUAUGCAAUGCAAUCUGAAAAAUCGAUAUUUACAUUUUUAAUUGGAAUGUAUAGAAAUGUCUUGUUUACAGCGAAUCAGAAUGCACAAAAUAAAAAAAUGUGACAUGUAAAAAUGGUUAUUAUUUUGAAAAACACUAUUCAGACCAAUACGAUCGUAGAGAGUUUCUUAUUUUUGAUCUCUUAUGAUAUACUAUUACCCAAUAUUACCAUUGAUGUAAAUAUUAGUUGUUACAUUUGAGAGUUAGUUUCUUAAAAUAUUUUAAUAUAAAAUGACAGACAUCGUUGUGCUCAGUGAUUCAGAUAUAUCUGUCUCCUCUGUAAAGAAUGAUCGAUCCGUAAAUGUUGUGAAUUUCGACGAGGAUGACUUCGAAUUUCCCGAAGUACAUUUUCAUCAUGCCGCAAACGAUAACGAAUUAUCCACAGCAGAUGAUUAUUAUAAUGAAAAUUAUUUAUCUAACAUUAGUCCCUUCAAAUCAAGAAAAGUCUGUUCAUCACCAUCAUCACCAUCAUCAUCUGCAGGUACUGCAAACACUAAAUCAAGAAAACGAAAUGUUAAAACAUCCUCUUGUAGCACAUCAGAUUUAUCUGAUCCUGCAGAGUUUUAUGAAGAAGAUAAAGCAAGAAAAGCAACUAAAGUUGAUAAACCUGCUAAAAAGAAAACUAAAGAUCAAUUAACACAGGAAAGAUUGAAAAGACAGCAACAAUUGAAAAGAGACAGAGCACUGAAAGCAAUUGCAUCAAAAAACUCCAAGAACAUUAAGCCAGGUGAAUGCAUGAAAUUUAUAGAAGUUGUUCUGGAUAAAGGUAUUGAACAGUUUAGCUGUAAGAACGAAAUUUUAACUGCAUUACUUGAUGCUAGUAUACAAUUCAGUAUUAGCGAUAAAUUAAUCCCAAACAGCAUUACAUGGAAAAGAAAUAUUGAACACAGUUAUCUUAACGAAGAUAAUGAAGUAUGUAGAGCAACGAAUAUUGAAAAAGUUAAUCAAAUGUUAAUAAUAUGGAACUGGAAUGAGGGGGUAACAAAAGUAGCAGAUGGCAGUUUUUGUACAACUAUAUCCAGUAUCAAAGAAUCAUUUCCUAACUAUAAUAUAAUGUUAGUUAUCUAUAAUAUAGGAGAUUACUUCACAAAGAGAAAACAAUCAAAGAAAUCAAGUAAAUAUGGAGAACAGAAUAAGACACAGAAAACUAAAAGUAAAAGCAAUUGUGAGUUUGAAAAUUAUCCUGAAAUUUCAAAACAACAACUUGAGUCAUGCUUGAAUAAAAUACAAAUUAUUAGCAAGUGUAGCAGUAGAUUAAUAGAUAGAUCAGAAGAGUUAGCAUUAAUGAUAUAUCAGUGUACUAAAACUAUAGCAGAGAUUCCAUUUAAGGCAGAGAAGGAUAAAAAUUUGAUAAGCAAAUUUGAUUGGUAUGUAAUGGGAGAUAACAGAAACUCAGUGCGUGUGGAUAAAGAUGGAAAUGGAUUGAAAAGACUAUGGCAACAGCAACUUUGUCAAUUCAACUUGAGUAGCCUGGAAAUUGCGGAAGCAAUCUGUUCCAUAUAUCGAUGUCCUGCAGAUUUGAUGGAAAUCUAUAACAAUUGCUCACAAACAGAAGGACUCAACCUACUAAAAGAUAUUCCAAUUAGAAGAGCUGUUGGGCCUCUCACAACAUCACGUAAAGUAGGCCCUGAAUUAAGCAAAAAAAUAUAUAUAAUGUUCACAUCUGAAGAUGGUGAAAUUUUAUUAAGUUAAGUAUGUUUAUAUACCAAAUGUCUAUUCACUUUAAUUUGUUAAAUUAAUGUAAAUAAUCAAACGUAAAAAAUUGUAAUAAACACAUAUUUCAUAUAACUUUCUGUUCAUUCCAGAGAUAUUAAAAAAUGUAGGUAAUUUCUUCAUAUUUAUAUACCACAUAGAUGGAUAUGAUAUAAUUGUAACUAGUCUAAUUCUGCGCUAGAUAUUUUUGAACAUCGUGUACAGUAUGAAAUGUAACAUUUUUACUAUAUUAAAUGUAUAUACAAUGUAUUUGUUUACAGUAGGUAUUUAACUGAGACACACACACGGUUUAAUAAAAAUAGUUUUCUAACA